UCUUGUGUACGCCUCCUCGUCUUCCUAUAUCUAUAUAUGUAUGUAUACCCCACACAUAUUGUCUCACAGGGACUCUCAUCACAGUUCCAUUUUCCUCUGACACAAUACUCAUUUAGUGGGAGAAGUUCACCUAAAAAAAUCGGAGAUAAUGUCGGGUAGAGGAGCAGGAGGUAGAGGGCGUGGUGGGAGGGGCCAGCCGCCGCCGACGCACCAGUCCGGCGGUCGCGGACAGCAUAUCUCACGCGGCGGCGGAGGCGGAGGCCGUGGUGGUGGUCGCGGCCCCCAUGUUCAGCCCGGGCCAUCGAUGCCGGCUUCUGCGUCCCCUCAAGUUCAGCCUGCGCCAUCGCGGCCGGCGCCGGCUGCUCCACACGUUCGGCCUGCGUCAUCGCUGUCGGGGUCGGCUUCCCCUUACGAGCCGACUCCGGCGUCGCCGGCCGCCACACUUAGCGCCGAGGUGGCUCAGAAACUCACGGUUUCAGCGACUCCGACGCCAGUAUCUUCAAAAUCCUUGAGGCCUCCAGCGAGACCUGGCAUAGGAAGGCUUGGAAAGAGCGUGAUAGUGAAGGCCAAUCACUUUCUGGUGUCUGUUGCAGAUCGCGAUCUAACCCAUUACGAUGUCUCUAUAUCUCCAGAGGUUUCCUCAAAACCAGUCUGCAGGAAGAUUAUGAAUGAACUUGUUAACUCGUUCAAGUUGUCGCACUUGGGCAAGAAAACGCUUGCAUAUGACGGUAGAAAAAGCUGCUAUGCUGCUGGGGAAUUACCUUUUACUUCGAAGGACUUCGUAGUAAAACUUGUGGAUAAUGAUGGUGGACCUAGGAGGGAGCGAGAAUUCAAAGUGUCCCUCAAGUUGGCUUCUAAAGCUGACUUGCAUCACCUGCACCAAUUUAUUCAGGGUAGACAACUUGAUGUGCCACAGGAAACUCUUCAGUUUCUUGAUGUCGUUCUUAGGCAGCACCCCUCGAACAGUUGUGAAGUUGUUGGAAGAUCCUUCUUUUCUCGCAACCCGGAGGAACAUGGGGAGCUAGGUAACGGUAUCAAUUACUGGAAAGGGUUCUACCAAAGUCUUCGUCCAACCCAAAUGGGCCUUUCUUUGAAUAUUGAUAUGUCGGCACGUGCUUUUUAUGAGAGCAUUUUGGUUUCUGAAUUUGUCUGCAAGUACUUGAGCAGAGAUCUGACUAGGCCUCUCUCUGACCAAGAUCGACUUAAGGUUAAAAGGGCUCUCAAAGGUGUUCGGGUUGAAAUGAACCAUCAAGGUUCUAUCAAACGACAUAAGAUUUCUGGCUUGUCGACGGAACCGACUAGACAGUUGAUGUUUCACUUGGAAGAGGCAGGCACCGAUGUAUCUGUUGCUGAUUACUACCGUCAGAAGUAUAAUAUUGUUCUAAAGUAUCCCUUUUUACCGGCUCUUCAGGCCGGCACUGGCCAAAGGUCUAUCUAUUUGCCCAUGGAGCUCUGCAAAAUUGUUGAUGGCCAGAGGUAUUCCAAAAAAUUAAAUGAGAGACAAGUUACGGCCUUACUCAGAGCCACCUGUCAACGACCAAAUGAAAGGGAGAAAAGCAUAAACAAAGUGGUUGUUGGCUCAAACAAUUACAAUAGUCAAGAUCUUGUCACAGAGUUUGGUAUAAACGUUGAUACUUCCUUCACAACCAUUGAGGCACGCGUUUUGCCUCCUCCCAUGCUUAAAUACCAUGAAACUGGACGCGAGAGUCGCAUUGAGCCGAGAGUGGGACAGUGGAAUAUGAUUGAUAAGAAAAUGAUAAAUGGUGCAAAGGUUGAUUUUUGGACUUGCAUAAGCUUCGCACGUUCUAAUGUUGAUGCCGGAAGAUUUUGCCAUGAGUUGAUCAAUAUGUGUACCAGUAAAGGGAUGGCCUUUAACUCAAAUCCUUUAGUUCCAAUCCGCCAAGGACAUUCUGGCCAGAUCGAACGAUCCCUUUCUGAUCUUCAUAACGACUCUAAUUCUCGACUAGCAAGCAUGGGUGCAACUGGGAGACAACUUCAGCUGCUCAUUAUAAUCCUUCCCGAUGUCAGUGGCUCCUAUGGUAAGAUAAAGCGCGUUUGUGAAACUGAGCUUGGGAUUGUGUCCCAAUGUUGCCAGCCGAGACAGGCAUCAAAAUGCAACAAGCAAUACUUGGAGAAUGUUUCUUUGAAAAUCAAUGUGAAGGUUGGAGGCCGAAACACUGUCCUGGAAGAGGCAUUAAACAGAAGAAUGCCUAUAAUUAGCGAGCGGCCGACAAUUAUUUUCGGUGCUGAUGUAACCCAUCCUCAGCCUGGGGAAGAUUCUAGUCCUUCUAUUGCUGCAGUUGUGGCCUCAAUGGAUUGGCCAGAAAUCACCAAGUACAGGGGAAUUGUUUCUGCACAGCCCCACCGUGAAGAAAUUAUUCACGAUCUCUAUAGUGAGAAACAGGAUCCUGUGAAGGGUCUUGUUCGUGGGGGAAUGAUUCGGGAACACUUGGUUGCCUUCUACAAGUCGACAGGGCAAAAGCCUCACCGCAUCAUAUUUUACAGGGAUGGUGUAAGUGAAGGCCAGUUUAACCAAGUUCUGCUGUACGAGAUGGAUGCGAUUAGGAAGGCAUGCGCUUCUUUAGAAGAAACUUACAUGCCGAGAGUCACUUUUGUGGUGGUGCAGAAGAGACAUCACACCCGACUUUUUGCUUGUAAUACUAGAGAGACUGACAGGAGUGGUAACAUUUUGCCAGGUAUGCAAAAUCGAGGCACUAGUCGCCCAGCACAUUACCAUGUGUUGUUUGAUGAGAAUGGGUUUAGUGCCGACAUAAUGCAAAUGCUGACCAACCGCCUGUGCUACACGUAUGCAAGGUGCACUCGCUCGGUUUCCAUAGUGCCACCGGCAUACUAUGCCCAUCUGGCAGCAUUCAGAGCACGCUACUAUAUUGAGGGCAAUGAGCUAUCUGACAGUGGGUCGACCUCUGCUGGUGGUGGGGCCACCCGUGGCAGGACUGCCGAGGUUCGGCCUUUGCCUGUCAUCAAAGAUAAUGUGAAGGAUGUCAUUUUGUUGUCAAAG